CCCUGAAGAAAAUAGUUGGAGACUCCAGGCAUCAGAAUCCAGGCACCAGGAUCUACAGUGAAGACCAGACACUCCCAACUGCAGGAAUGUGCUCUCUUCCUAUGGCAAGAUACUACAUAAUCAAAGAUGCACAGCAAAAGGCUUUGUACACACGGAAUGGCCAGCUCCUGGUGGGAGACCCUGAUUCAGACAACUAUAGUCCAGAGAAGGUCUGUAUCCUUCCUAACCGAGGCCUGGACCGCUCCAAGGUCCCCAUCUUCCUGGGGAUGCAAGGAGGAAGUUGCUGCCUGGCAUGUGUGAAGACAAGAGAGGGGCCUCUCCUGCAGCUGGAGGAUGUGAACAUCGAGGACCUAUACAAGGGAGGUGAACAAACCACCCGUUUCACCUUUUUCCAGAGAAGCUUGGGCUCUGCCUUCAGGCUUGAGGCUGCUGCCUGCCCUGGCUGGUUUCUCUGUGGCCCAGCUGAGCCCCAGCAGCCAGUGCAGCUCACAAAAGAGAGUGAACCCUCGACCCAUACUGAAUUCUACUUUGAGCAGAGUCGGUAAGGAGGCAUGAGGCUGGUGUCUAGCCUAGUGCCCCCAAACUGAGAUCUUCUUGCUCAGCAUCUCUGGAAAGUAGAAUAAAGAAGGAUCCACCAAA